AUGCGUCUUUCCAGCCUCUCGAUUUUCAUCCAGGCUCUGCUGUUGACUGCGGUCGCAGCUCAGAGUGCUGGUGUCUCCAAGGAUAUCACACCUCCUCAGACCACUUCGUCCUCCACUUCCGAAGCGCCUGAAACCACAUCGACGACUUCAUCCUCCACAACCCCUGAAGAGACUACUCCGGAACCAACUACCACAUCCAAGUCUCCUACCACCUCGGAAUCUUCCACCUCUGCCGAGCCUACCACCACUGAGCCUACCACCGAGCCUACCACCUCAGCAGAGCCCUCCUCCACUCCGGAGCCUACCGUCCCUUCGACCACUUCGACCACUGAACCCACCUCUGCGACAAGUCCCGAUAGCGAGAGUACCACCUCGUCCCAGAGUACUACUACCACCCAGACCCCGGUCAUCAAGACCGUCACCUCAUACGCGACCAGCGAUGGAUCCACCGUCGCCAACGUGAUGACCACCACCUCCACCCCCGUUGGCGGAACCGGCUCCCCUUCUCUUAACGGUGACAAGAGCUCUGGCUCUAGCGGUGUAUCUACUUCGGACAAGAAGAUCAUCAUCGGUGUCGUGGUGGGUGUCGGCGGUGCCAUCAUCAUCGGUGCUCUGGGCUUGGUUUUCUGGAGAAUCCAGAAGAAGCGCAACGGACAAUACGGCGAUGAGGACGAUCUGAUGGGCGGCACUGCUGUCGGCUCCGGUCCCCGUGAGAAGGCCCCCAGCCCAUCUGGCAACACUCCCUUCAAGAACACACUAGACCAGUAUCACAACCCUGGUCCUGUCAACGCGGCAUCUAACUUCUAA